AUGGAGAAAGACGCCUCGGAUCCGGACCCAUCCCGGCAGCGGAACGGCUUCGUGGGGGUGCUGUACGGGGAGUUCUCCGACACCCUGAACGACAGCGUCCGGUACUCGGUGCGCUUGACCGAGAGCGCGCUGACCAUCCGGAGGAUGUCGUCGUCCCCCGGCGGGAGUCAGGUGGUGUUCAACCUGGCGGACUGCGUGGGCUGCCGUGCGUACCGUGGGCCGGACAGCGCGGACCACGGAGCCUACUUCACGGCGUACUUCUACCCGUUCAAGAGGCGCUGGAUGAGCGCGGGGCUCGCCCGGCAGAGGGUGGAGCAGUGCUUUCGGGUGGCGCUGGUCCAGGAGCCGCUGGUCAACCUCCGCGAGGCGGAGAGGUGGGCGCGCGCCAUCAGAGAUGCGUCUGCGCUGCAGGCUCCGCGGAGAGACGGUGUGACGUACGCGGAGCUGCGUCGACCUUGCCGGACCAUGAUCCUAGUGAACCCCCACAGCGGACGUGGACAGGCUCUCCAGCUCUUCACAGACCACGUGCAGGGCAUGCUGACCGAGGCCUCAGUCCCGUACACGCUCGUCAUCACAGAGCACCAGAACCACGCGCGGGAGCUGGUGAGGAAGGCCGACCUGUCACAGUGGGACGCUCUGGUCAUCAUGUCCGGUGAUGGGCUACUGUUUGAGGUGAUAAACGGUCUGAUGGAGCGAGAAGACUGGCAGCAAGCCAUCCAGACGCCUCUGGGGAUCCUACCAGGUGGUUCUGGCAAUGCCCUGGCUGCAUCCGUCCACCACUGCUCCCAGUCGCCUCCAGCGUGGAAUGAAGAGCUGCUCCUGUGCUGCGGCUUCACCCUCUGCAAAGGUCUGGUAGGAUCUCUGGACCUGGUGUCGGUCCACUUGGCCACGGGGCAGCGCCUCUUCUCCUUCCUCUCCCUGGCCUGGGGCUUUGUGGCAGACGUGGACAUCGAGAGCGAGAGGUACCGUCACGUGGGAGCCCUCCGCUUCCUGAUGGGCACCCUGGUGCGUCUGGCCACCCUGAGGGUGUACCAGGGCAGGUUGGCGUAUCUUCCUGUGAAGGAAGCGCCGACGCUUCAGAGAGGAGGCGUAAACCGCCCAUCGUCCACACCUCAGCAGCCCUCGCUCUGCUCCUCUCUUCCCUGCCGCCUCGGUCCCAACACGUCGCCGAAGCAGAGCGCUCGCCACAGCCGCAUCAGCACGAACCUAAACCAACACUCCAUCUCCAACUCCUCCAACAACGUCCUCACCAACAUGAGGCCGGAGACACCGAGCGACAGGAAGACCACCUCCCCCGUGGACUCUCUGCUUCCUGGCCUGGACCAGCCAGUCCCAGAGAGCUGGACCGUGGUCAAAGAGGAGGACUUUGUCUUGGUGCUGGCCAUUUACCAGUCCCACCUGGCGGAGGAUCUGUGGAUGGUCCCUGGAGCAACGGCAGACGACGGACUAAUUCACCUGUUCUACGUGACGGCGGGAAUCUCUCGACCCGCCCUGCUGCGCCUCUUCCUCGCCAUGGAGAAAGGCGCCCACUUGGCGUGCGGCUGCCCCCACCUGGUGUACGAGAAGGUGCGGGCCCUGCGGCUGGAGCCCGCCUCCCCGCAGGGCGUGAUCACUGUGGAUGGAGAGGUGGUGGACUACGGACCGGUUCAGGCUCAGGUCCACCCGGGAUUAGCCAGACUCAUAUGUGGAUGA